CAGCGUUGAAUCCCGUUUUGAAUUAAUUGCCAUCGAUGACGUUUCAUGCGUGCUCCUUUGCUGCAUUCUCUAGUAGUAGUGUGGAUCCAGGGGCAGUAGAUCACUCGUUACAGUUCGCAGCGGCUUCUAAGGUUACGAUUGCCAUUUUGGCUCCACCGCGGUGUCGUCAAGGGAGGAGCCGCGCCGUGCUGCUGCUUCUGCGGGGCGCAGAGCUCAGCGUUCAGCCCGGGCUUGAGCCAAGAUGUCUGGUGCUGCAGCUCGAAGCGAGCAGCCUAGCCUAACCCUUUUUCCACAUUGGGGGGGAGGAGGAGGGAUCCUUGAGUCCUGUCGCGCAACUACAGUAGACUAGAGGCUGUACUUUUCGACUUGCUCUGUCGGGAGUCUGGGCAGUAGUGAUCUACGGGAGGAUAGUCAGAAAUAGCCUUCAAAUGCGAUUAGGUAUGACGGAUAGUGGCGAAGGGUUUCCGAGGCACUGUGCGUAAAGAUGAGGAUUCCUCCAGUGUGGGCGCUAGGCGCUUGCCAGACUGGAUGAAGUGAACGCGGAAGCAGGGAGAGAGAGAGAGAGAGAGAGAGUGACCCGUAAACAGCCUGCCGAAAGCAACAGCUCCACCACCUGCGAUUGCUCUGGAGGACCUCAGUGCAGGUUCAGCCCAGCGGCGGUGGCAGCAGCGUGGAGCCCCCUGACACAUGGAGAAUUACUUCCAGGCCGAGGGCUUCAACCUGGACAAGGUGCUGGACGAGUUUGAGCAGAACGAAGAUGAGACGGACACCCCCAGUCUCUCGGACUCCAAGUGGACCCAGAUCCUGGCGCCGCCGGCCCACCUGCUCUCCCUGAACCCGGCGCUGGCCCACGCCGACCUGAGCCCCCAGGAGAGCCCCCUGCCCUUCAAGGCUCCGCCCCCCGCCACCACCCCCACCUGCUCCCGAGGGGGCGGCGGCGGCGAGCCCAAGCUCCUCCUCUCCGCCGGGGCUCCGCCCUGGGGCGAGGCGCGGCCCCCGGACGUCCACAGCCCCCCCCUCCCCCAGCCCAACAUCGGGAAGCUGGUGGGCGCCGAGGAGCCGCCAUGCUCCCCCGACCGGGCCGCCGCCGCCGCGGGGAACGGCCACGGCGAGGGGGAGGACGCCGGCCCUGAGCUCGAUGGCCGCGCCCCUCGGACCGGGGGAGGGUCCCACCUCGACUACACCCGCUUCACCUUCGAGGACGAGCCGGAGCCGCGCCCGACGCCAGCGGCGGCGGAGUCAUCCGAGCGGCGGGAUCCCAGGGGGAACGCCGCGACGAACGCUCCGGAAGGACCAGAGGGCGGCGGCCUCCAGAACGGAGGAGCGGUCGUGACUCGGGGCGGGGGUGAGGAAGAGGAGGAGGAGGAAGAGGAGGAGGAGGAGGAGGAGGUUGCCCUGGAUGGGGGCUCUGAUCAUCCAGCGCAGGAGGCGGAGAUGAUGAUGAGCCGUCGUCACGGCGACCGCCUCUCCGUCCCACCGGGCCUCGGCAACGGGGUGGGGAACGGGCGGGGCGGGCGCUACGAGGAGGAGGAGGAGGAGGAAGAGGAGAGGAGGGGCCUCACUCCGAGCCCCGUCCCCUCCAAGGAGGACUCUGUGACGGAGGAGAAGGAGAUCGAGGAGAGCAAGCAGGAGCCCCCCCCCCCCCCGCCGCCCAAGCUCAACAACAACCGGCUGCAGCCGGUCAGCGUGCCGUACGGCGGCGCCCGGCCCAAGCAGCCCGUCAGCCUCAAGCUCCAGAUCCCGCGGGCCGACGCCCCGGCCCCGGUGCACAACACACUGGGCCCCUCCCCCACCGGCAAGAACAAGAACCUGGACAGCCAGGGGCCCGGGCGUGUGCCGGGCCCCGCCCCCGACACGGCGUCGAGUGCCGAGUCGGACCGGGGCGCGUCGACGGCGUCGUCAUUGACGACGCCGCCGCCGCCGGAGGUCAACGGAGACGGCUCCGGCUCCCCCGCCCCCUCCGCCGCCCGGAGCCCCGACAACGACGUCCAGGCGGGCCAGCAGGGGGCGCUGUCCCGGAGGCCGACCGCCCCGCUGGGGGAGGUGGCCCCCGUGUGGGUGCCGGACUCCCAGGCCCCCGCGUGCAUGAAGUGCGACGUCAAGUUCACCUUCACCAAGCGCCGGCAUCACUGCAGAGCCUGCGGCAAGGUGUUCUGUGCGGCCUGCUGCGGUCUGAAAGGCAGGCUGGUGUACAUGGACAUGAAGGAGGCCCGGGUUUGUGUCACCUGCCAUUCGGCUCUCGUGAGCGCCCAAGCGUGGAGGUGCGUGGCGGCGGCUAGCGGCGUUAGCGGUUAUGGCGGCGGCGGCGGCGGCGCCGGGACCCAGACCCAGCCCAACCCCAACAACCCGGCCGAGUACUGCUCCACCGUCCCGCCCCUGCAGCAGGCCCAGGCCUCUGGGGCGCUGGGCUCCCCCCCGCCCACCGUCAUGGUGCCCGUGGGAGUCCUGAAGCCGGCCUGCUCCGAGGGUCUGCUGACGCGGGAGCAGAGGAGGGUGUGGUUCUCCGACGGACUCCUACCCAACGGGGACGGCACAGAGUCGUCCAAGACCCCCCCCCACCCAGUCCCGGACCCUGCGUCGUCUCGGCCCGCGGCCGGCUCCCUGUUCUCGACCAAAUGUUCCCCCUCGGACGCCUCGGAGGCGUCCAGGGGCCCAGGGCCUGGGGGCGGGGCCCUGGCGGCGGGGAGCCCCGUGGGCAGCUCCCUCAGCCUGAUCCCGGAGGACGGCCUGCCUCCCAUCCUGAUCUCCACGGGAGUCAAAGGAGGUACGGGAGGCCACGUCACAGACUACGCGGUGGAGGAGCGGCCCUCGGAGAUGGUGCUGCUGCAGCAGCUGGAGGAGGGGGGUCCGGACCCGCUGGUGUUCGUCCUCAACGCUAACCUCCUGGCCAUGGUCAAGCUGGUCAACUAUGUGAACAGGAAGUGCUGGUACAUGACCACCAAGGGCAUGCACGCUGUGGGCCAGGCCGAGGUGGUGAUCCUGCUGCAGUGCCUGCCCGACGAGAAGACCAUCCCCCGGGACAUCUUCACCCACUUCGUGCUCCUGUACCAGGAGGCCCUGACUGGUAACGUCCUGGCCCACCUGAGUCACUCGUUCUUCACCCAGAGCUUCCUGGGCAGCCGAGAGCACGGCGGCUUCCUGUACGUCAGCCCCUCCUUCCAGUCCCUGCAGGAGCUGCUGCUGCCCAACCCGCCCUACCUCUUCGGCAUUCUCAUCCAGAAGUGGGAGACGCCCUGGGCCAAGGUGUUCCCCAUCCGACUCCUGCUGCGGCUGGGGGCGGAGUACCGAUUCUAUCCGUGCCCGCUGUUCAGCGUGCGAUACAGGAAACCCUUGUUUGGAGAGACCGGCCACACCAUCAUGAAUCUUUUAGCAGACUUCCGUAACUACCAGUACACUCUGCCUGUGGUGAAGGGGCUGGUGGUGGACAUGGAGGUGAAGAAGACCUGCAUCAAAAUCCCAAGCAACCGCUAUAACGAGCUGAUGAAGGCCAUGAACAAAUCCAACGAGCACGUGCUGGCCAUGGCGGCGUGCUUCAACGACCGCGCAGACUCCCAUCUGGUGUGCGUCCAGAACGACGACGGCAACUACCAGACGCAGGCCAUCAGCAUCCACCACCAGCCGCGCAAAGUCACUGGCGCCUGCUUCUUUGUGUUCAGCGGGGCUCUGAAAGCGUCGUCGGGCUACCUGGCCAAGACCAGCAUCGUGGAAGACGGCGUGAUGGUCCAGAUCACUGCGGAGACCAUGGACUCGCUACGGCAGGCGCUGAGGGACAUGAAGGACUACACGGUGGCGUGCGGCAAGGCGGGCCAGGAGGAGAGCCAGGAGCACGUCCACAUCCAGUGGACCGAGGACGACCACAACUUCAACAAGGGCGUGAUCAGCCCCAUCGACGGGAGGUCCAUGGAGUCCAUCACCAGCGUCAAGGUCUUCCACGGCUCUGAGGUCAAGUCAAACGGCAAGGUCAUCCGCUGGACCGAGGUGUUCUUCCUGCGGAGCGAGGACCACCCGGGGGGGGGUCUGGGCGACCCCGCCGACCACAGCCGGCUGACGGAGAACGUGGCGCGGGCCUUCUGCACGGCGCUGGGACCCCACCUCAAGCUGCUGAAGGAGGACGGCAUGGCCAAGCUGGGCCUGAGGGUCACCCUGGACACGGACCAGGUGGGCUACCUGGCGGGCAGUAACGGCCAGCCCCUGCUGCCCCAGUACCUGAGCCACCUGGACAGCACCCUCAUCCCCGUCAUCCACAGCGGCGCCUGCCAGCUCAGCGAGGGCCCCGUCGUCAUGGAGCUCGUCUUCUACAUCCUGGAGAUCAUCUCCUAGGCAACGGCCGUCCCCGGGGCCUCUUUGUUUGUUCCCAGCUGUCUCUUUUAGACGCAACCGGGACCCCCUGGACAACGUGUGGGGGUCCCCAACGCCUCCUUUUAAACGCCUUGGUUUGCCCCCCCUCGUUGGAAAGGGUCACGGAGCCGGCACUGACUAGAGGGGGUCGUCAUGCCAACGCCAUCGCUCCUCGUGCAUUCUGACUGUACGGACCCUCAGACCGGAGCGGGCUCGGCCUCAUGUGUUUUUGGGAUCCGGUUGGGACUGGUUGGCGAGGAGGACCGGACCCAUUGGAAAGCGCUUGUUUCAGUUUGAACCCGCUUAAGUCGAUUUGCCUUGGAGGCGGUUCAGCUAAGCCACGGCGACCGCACAGGUCACGGGAGAGCUUCUCUGCCCGUCAUCUGAUAUAUUAUUGUCAUAUAUAUAUAUAUAUAUAAAUAUAUGUAUAUUUUUUAACUUAUUGUAGCAACACGGGGCCGACCACCAUCCACCUGCGUUGUGAACAGGAUAAAACGCUACAAGCAGUCACAGAGACUUUCUGACUCAGGUUUGCACUCCCUAUUCCCCCCCCACCCCUCCCCUCCCAUAACGUUUUAAGUUCCACUGUGGGAGCCCAUCUGUGAAGACCCCCUCCCUGGUAGCAACAGCAGACCCUCUGGAUCACCAGAGGGGGGGGGGGGCGCGGCAGCGGAGCCACUGUCCAGCCCUCUGGUCAUCGUCCGUCCGUGAAUAUCAGGAGGAUCAGAGAUGAUGAGGAACCACCGCUGCAAGAGCACACGAGAGGGACCAGAACAAGUGCCUGUGCGUGUGUGUGUGUGUGUGUGCGUGUGUGCGUGUGCGUGUGCGUGCGUGCCGGUGGCGUGUCUUCUCCUGCACCGCGGUGCUCAGUGCCUGCAGCGAGCCGCUCUAUCAGAACAACGGGAACCUACAGACUAACCCGGGCUUCACUCCUCCGACACAGGCUUUGUUUUCCCCGGACGUCCGCGACGCGCCCCCCCCGCGUUGUUUGGAUUCUGCGUGUACAUAUUCUGUAGCCUCAGGGGGCGGAACCUCCUCUGAUGAACCAGAGUUAGGAGGGUUAAAGCGGUCCGGGACACUGGAGGCCCGGCCUGUGCUGGGAGGGGUCGUCUUCAGACUGUAAAGGCCUUCUCCGGGGUCCUGUACGACCGGCCUGCUCACGUCAGCAACAACAAAAAGGUCUCCAUGCUUUGUCAACUUGACUGUGUGACGCUAAGCAGGACGGUGAGGGAAUGGUUCUGAACGCCAGUCACGUGGUCCCACUUUCUGAGCCUGGGUUGUCCACAUCAAGCUGAAGGCCACUCAAAGCGGUGAGCCUGUGUGUUUCUAUGCUGUGACCUCGUCCCAUGCAUGCAGCUUCUCGCAGAAGGACCGAACUUGUGCAAGCUGGGAGUUGAGGACGGGAA